CAUCCUGUCAAAAUCCACCCAGCUGUCAGAAUGAGGGUUUUGUGGCCCAUACCUGCCAAUGUUUGUGUCCCUCUGAACUUACAGGAACCACGUGUGAACAGGUUACCACCGACACAGGAUGUGGUGGUGUAAUUAAUCUGAGUUCGGGUCAAAGCCAGACCAUCGAGUCUCCUGGUUACCCGAAUGCGGUUAGCACCGACAAAGAAUGUGUCUGGCUAGUCAGAGGGCCAAGUGAAUCAAAUAUAAGACUAACAAUAGACGAACUGGAUUUAGCAAGGAAUAAUUUUGAUUCGAAGUGCUAUCACUGGCUAGAGAUUAGGUUCAAUAUGAUCGGCCAAAGUGGAAUCAGGCAGUGUAACACAGUUAGCGGUCAAAAUUACUUAACGACAAAUGAUGGUGAGAGCAACCUGAUGCUCCUGAAGUUUGACAGUCGAUUUAAUAAAAACACCCAAACCUCACAGGGUCAAAGAUUCAAACUGACUGUGAAAGCUGAAGGAGGAACAUCUUCAAACCCAUGCGAUCCUAAUCCCUGUCUGAAUUCCGGAUCGUGCACCGUUGUUGGCUCAACUUUUGAUUGUACAUGCUCAACAGGCUGGACUGGAACAACAUGCGAUACUCCUGUUCUCAGUUGUCAACCGAAUCCAUGCCAAAAUGGCGGCACCUGUUCUAUAAUUGGUAACAGUGUAUCAUGUGACUGUCCACCGGGAUGGAUCGGGCCUAACUGUGAAACCUCAUCCACUGCAACCAGUACAACAACGACGACAACGACCACAACUGUUACACCGCCUACAGGUACCUCCAGACUUUGUAACUUUGAAUCAACUAAUUGCUGGAUGGUGAAAUACGGAGAACUUUACUCAGUACAGGUAUCGUCCGGCAUGGAACCGUAUGCUGGAUAUCUCAAUACUGCCAGAUAUGGAUAUCUUUUACCUGGCUAUUCCUUCAUACUAGAAUCCCCAUCUGGAACCCUCAGUAAUAAACAGUACUGUAUCAGUUUUGGAUUUUAUAUUAACGGCUAUAAUCCCUAUGUGGGCGUUUAUUUCCGCAACAUGUCCCAACAAAUACAGUUUCUUUGGUCAUACAAUCAGACUACUAACGGCAACUGGUACUCUGUGGAGAUCCCAUUUUAUGGAACCUCUUCUGAUCAUAUUGCAAUUGAAGGGUACAUCUCGUAUGGAACUUUCGCAAUUGACGAAAUCCGACUUCUGGAAGGAGCUUGUCCUGCGGGGUUUAGAAGAUAAUGAAAACGUUUGACAAAGAUGUUUUG